GGGGACACCGAAUUAUUUGUCCUUCAGUCUUCAGAGGGAAUUAUCAUUUAUCAGCAACAUGUCUUCAAAAAUGGGCGCCUCUGAAAUCCUUCGAAUGAAAGUAUGGCUCUUGCUCCAACACCCUACUGUUCUUUUAGCUUGUUCUUAAAGAUUAAUCUGCUUUUGUUUUUUGGGUUUCAAGUGCCAAUCUCCUAGUGGGUUUCCAGCGGCUUUGGGGAUAGUGUGUACUGUUGUUUCUGACGAACUCGUCAUUGUAUUUGGAUUAGUGAUUUACGCCCUGUCCUCGUCUGCUUCACCUUCUUGUUCUUCAACUGAACAGAAUCAACAGAUCAAUUAUGUGGUACAGUUGUUUGAUGAAAUACUUCACAAAGAAUUGGAAUAAGUAUGUAUCCUCUUGGAGCAAGCUUAGUCAGAAGACAGAAAGACAGAAAGAAAGAAAGAAAGAAAUGAAUUAGAAGCAAGAUGAGCUUUCUUCUCACCAGUAAGGAGAAAUCAUUAGAAGAUGGGAGGGGUAAAGAGAAUAUCGAAUUCACUGUGUUUGUUUAAAAAAGUUCAAUCAACUUGGUUCUAAUUAAUUCAUUUAAUUGUCUAAGGCUCAAGGACUCAUUUGCGUCUUUAGGCUUGUUAAAUGGGAGGCGACAUCAUGGGUCAUUUAACCGUUCAACAACAAAGGAAGAAGAUGAGGAUAGGGUUUGAUUAUUGUGAUUUGUGAGUGAUCCAGAAGGUAGAAAAAUUCACAUUGGAUUUGGUUCCUUGUGUUGACAAGUUGGAAUGGAUAUGCAUUUCAUUAUUCAAAUAACUAGUUCAAAUUUUAUGGUUGGUACUUUCUUGUUCGAGGUUUACCAUAUCAGCACAUAUGUUCUUUAGGUUGCAGAGGAGGUCGAAAUUGAAAAAUGAGGCAAACUCCCUUAAAAUAAAGAGGAAAUCAAGUACAGAAAAGGAUGUAGGCUCCCUUCGACAGAAGGAUUACGACCAUGAUGACAUUGAUGAUGUUGACAAGGUUGACUACAGUGAUGAUGAUAAUGCAGGAGAUACAGAAAAGCAUGAUAAGAAGCAUUCACAUUGCCGUGUCACCCAUGGAUUUCAUUUGGUUGAAGGAAAAAUGAAUCAUAGAAUGGAAGAUUACGUAGUGGCAGAAAAUAGGCGAGCCAAUGGCUAUAAGCUGGGACUCUAUGCCAUUUUUGAUGGCCACUCUGGUUGCAGUGUUGCAGAGUACUUGCAAAGCCAUCUAUUUGACAGAAUAUUGAACAAGCCUGAUUUCUGGACACAACCAAAAGCUGCAAUCAGGAGGGCUUACAGAGAUACCGAUAAUGAGAUCCUGGAGAAAGUUGUUGGCUCACGAGGAGGAUCAACAGCAGUCACAGCUAUUUUAAUUAAUCAGGAAAAGCUAAUUGUUGCUAAUGUUGGGGACUCCCGAGCAGUCAUAUGCAGAAGUGGUUCAGCAAAACAAAUAACUGUUGAUCAUGAUCCACAGAAAGAGAAGAAGCUGAUAGAGAGUAGAGGAGGAUUUGUGUCACAGAAGCCAGGUAAUAUUCCACGAGUCGAUGGGCAGCUUGCAAUGACAAGGGCAUUUGGGGAUGAGAGACUGAAGGAACACAUAACUGCAGAACCGGAUAUAGUUUUAGUGACCAUAGAUACAGAUACCGAAUUCAUAAUAUUGGCAAGCGAUGGCCUCUGGAAGGUGAUGUCAAAUCAAGAAGCAGCAGAUUGCAUCAUUGAUUUAGCCGAUGCUCAAGAAGCAUCGGAGAAGUUGAUUAGAGAGGCACUAGCCAGGAACAGCCGUGACGAUAUCUCCUGCAUUGUGGUGAUGUUUCAGUAACCGGUUGCCAGUGUAGUUAUGGAGUAACAAAACUUUGGGCUCGUAUAUUUGCAAGUAAUAUAUACCGUGCCACAACGAAGUAUAGCAGCAUCAUGCUCCUAGAAGUUGAGAUGACUGUUAAGAGUAGUUGAGGUCUCAUCACUGACAAGUGAGCUACUUCUUGACUUUUUCUGCAUGUUUAGUCUUGCAUUUUGUUUGAAGCCCAUGCUCAAAUUAUAAUGUUGCUGUUAGUGAGAUGUCUUGCUUUACUGCAAAAACUACAGCAUAUUUCUUUUUAAGUUCAGAAGAUGUCCAAAACCAGCUGGAACUUCUUGUUCCUGUUCUAAUCCACAAUUUGGAUAUGGAGAAAUGGGAUCAAGUUUCAACUCAAGAACAGUCUACAUCAAUGCUAUUUUGAUGC